GAAAGAUUAAUAUUCCUAAUUAUUUAAUUUGGAUUUUCAUAAUACUUACUCUUAAAUCAAAUGAAGUAUAUUCUCCAGAAAUUUAAUGAAUUUAUUUCGUUCAUUGCAGUAAAGAAUUAAUUAAAUUACAAUUACAUCUCAAUGAGACGGAUGGGACCUUAUCAGAGAUGUAGACCAGAUCCAUAGGAGCAAAAAAGUCAAAUGAACCAUGCCUCUACAUGUGACCCCUCGUAAGAUACAGCCCCCUGAAAUUAGGUUGCAUGCAAUCACAAGUCAUAUUGCUCUGCUCCAUUGCAUUUAACUAUUUAACCAAUGCUAAUAUGUGGCUUUGAGUUGCCCACUUGACUAAUUGGAAGUACUUGAUGUUAUGUAGUUUUAGAGGGUGUGGGGAUUGUCCCCAUGUGGGCACCAAGGUACAAGUGAUAGCAAGGACCAAAGUGCAUUACUAAGUGCAGAGCAUGGAGAAUAGGCAGUACAGUAAACUGACAAGUGGUUAUAAACUGACCUCGGAAAGGGUCGCAUAUACAGGUUAAAUAUUGCUAAAUGAAAGAGUUUUCAUUGUUAUAAAACAUGUUCAGGACAAUUUUUCAAAAUAAUAUUAAAAUAUCAAAAUCUCAAAAUAUUUACACAUCUUCGUUUGCAAGAUGGAUAUAUGAUACAAAACAAAAUCAUCAUACCAUUAUAAACCAAAAUUUCAAUAAUUCUUCUAAUAUGACAAAUUGUAAAGGAUCUAUAAAAUCUUUAACAUCAAGCAAAUUAUUAAAUUUUCCAAUAGCCAAACCUUCAAUUCCAGAUCAAGAUGGAUUUUUUAAGAAAAUUGGUAAAGAAAUCAAAUGGAAUUUUUAUGUAAAAGGUAAAAGAGAGAGUUCAGCUAUUUACGUUUAUGAAGCUUGUGCAGAUAAUAUUGACGUUAAAGAGUUUUUCUCAUAUUUCAAAUUACCAGAUACUUUCACUUCUUGGUUCUUGGUUAUUGAACUUCAUGUUUGGUAAAUAUAUAUUUAUAAGUGUUUUAUUUAAAAUUUUUC